GCGCGUUUCCUGCACGGGAUCCUGGAGGGCAUGGCGCACAUUGAGGCCACUGGCUACCAGAAGCUUGGUGAGCUGGGUGCUUCACCACUGAGACGAGUCGUCACUGCUGGAGGUGGAGCCAAAAACCCCACCUGGCGCCGAAUCCGUGAACGCCUGAUUGGAGUGCCGGCCCAACUCAACUUGUAA